UAUCAUUUCCACUCAUUAUCUUUGUUGCUUAAAGCUUGCCCUCUUCCCUUAUCCUUUCUCUCUUUAUCUGCGUCAAAACACAUGAAUUCUCUACAGGAAUUUUCCAGGCUAAGCUUUUGAUGGGAAAGCAAAUACAAAUAAAACCCAAAUUAAUUCACAACACUCCCUCCCUAUCAUCCCCUCUACAUCAUUUUUACUCUUUUUCAAAAAACACAAAGAUCCAAAGACCCACCAAACGAAUAAAUUACUAGAUUUUCCGAUCCAUUAGAGAAACGACCUAUUACUUUCAUGAUAUCAUGGAAGGAGGAGGAAGUGAUGAUCAUCAACUCCACCACCACCACCAACACCGCCCUACUUUCCCAUUCCAAUUACUUGAGAAGAAACAAGAUGAUAACCAGCCUUGUUCUUCCUCUUCUUCCCCUCCUUUCCCUUCCCUUCUCCCACCUUCUUCCUCUUCUUCACCCUCUGCUGAUCAACCCAACACGAGUCGUUCCAUUUCAAGCCUCCAAAUCUCGCCGGAACCUUGUAAAAAACCACCCCCUAAACGUACUUCAACCAAAGAUCGACAUACCAAGGUCGAUGGACGUGGCCGUAGGAUCCGAAUGCCAGCUCUUUGUGCAGCCAGGGUUUUUCAACUUACUCGUGAAUUAGGCCAUAAAUCUGAUGGUGAAACCAUUGAAUGGCUACUCCAACAAGCUGAACCUGCUGUGGUCGCCGCCACUGGUACUGGAACCAUCCCAGCAAACUUCACUUCCCUCAACAUCUCCCUCCGAAGUUCAGGCUCAACCAUGUCGGUUCCCUCUCAGUUACGAUCCUCAGGUUUCAACUCCAACUUCUCUAUGCAACAACGUAGAAGUCUGUUCCCAGGAAUUGGAUUAGAAACAACCCCGACAUUCCUUAACUUCCAAUCAAGCAGUAACUUGAAUUCCAUGUUCCAAGCUAAGCAAGAGUUGCGUGAUCAUAAUAGUUCUUCGUUGGAAAUAUCAGCAAAUGAAGAAAAUAGUCUAGGAAGGAAGAGAAGACCCGAGCAAGAUUUAUCUUCACAACAUCAAAUGGGGAGUUACUUGUUGCAGUCAAGCACCGGCGUGAUUCCAGCAGCAACUCACGGUCAGAUUCCGGCUAAUUUUUGGAUGGUAACUAAUUCUAAUAAUCAAGUAAUUAGCGGCGACCCUAUAUGGACGUUUCCUUCCGUGAAUAGCAGUGCUUUGUAUAGGGGCACUAUGUCUAGUGGAUUGCAUUUCAUGAAUUUUCCAGCUCCGAUGGCGUUAUUACCAGGCCAACAAUUGGGUUCGAGCGGUGUUACCAGUGGCGCUGCUGGUGGUGGUGGUGGAGGAGGAAGUACUGGCAUAAGUGCUGAAGGACAUUUAAAUAUAUUAGCUGGAUUGAAUCCCUAUCGGCAAGUAUCCGAAUCACAAGCGAGCGGGCCUCAUUCAAACAACGACGGCGGAGGAGGAGGAGGUGCAGGUGGUGGUGGAAGCGCCGGAGGCGGCGAUAACCGACAUGAUGCAACUAGUCAUCAGUCGUAGAGUUGAUCAAAUACCACCAUGCAUCGAUCAUCUCUUUGCUUGUUUCGAUCAGUUGUGUAGUUCGAUGUGUAACACACGUGAGGUUUGAUUGUUCUUUCAAAUAACAAAAAAGAAAAAAAAAUACAAUUUGGUUUUCAUUACUGCCAAAAAAGGUUGAAAAUUUACUUUUCUUGGUGUGAUUAAUAUGAGGUUCUUUCUAGGUUUCGGGAGAGAUAGAAGACACCAUUUUUAACAUUGGUGCCGUCCGUUUUGGCUGAAAAAAGUCUCCAUUUUUUGGGUUUUUUA